AUGAACAAGCUGGAACAUUCGCGUCGAAAUGGCACCCAAAAGAUACGACUUACAAUUCUCUGCGCCCGCAAUCUGGCCCGGAAGGAUAUAUUCCGUCUUCCGGACCCAUUCGCCAAGAUCACCGUCGAGGGCACGCGCCAGGAGUACACGACGGACAUCAGCAAGGCGUCGCUCGACCCGCGGUGGAACUCGUAUUUCGAUCUGUUUCUCGGCAAGAACGACAACAUCGUGAUCGCGAUCUACAACCAGCGCAAGAUGCACAAACGGCAAGGCUUCCUCGGCUGCGUGCGGAUCGCCGCCUCCAGCAUUCAGAUGCUGCGGGACACGGGCUAUCAACGGUUGAAUCUGGUGAAGCGAACGCAGGACGACCCGGACCAGGUGAAGGGACAGAUCAUCGUGUCGCUGAUGUCACGGGAUAGUACGACGGGUGGAACGAGGCUUGCCAUCGUCGGUCCGGCCGGAGACGUCCGUGUGACGGACGAUGAUGAUUCGGCCGAUGCACUGAUCGACACCGAUCAGCAACCGCCGCCGCAGCAGCAGCAACAGCAACAGCAAAACCAACUGCCACAGGGCUGGGAAGAGCGUUCGACGCCGAACGGCCGCACGUACUUCGUGAACCACUACACCAAAACGACUCAAUGGAUGCGCCCGACGGAACCGGCCGGAAGUCCGACGGGCGCCGCGCCGGUUAAUGGGAAGGCGCCAUCGCACCCGAUUGCCAACGGGGGAGACGGUUGCAAUGCGAUCGUGGUGGGCCCGCCGGGCCCAUCGAAAUCGGCCACCAGCAACAGCAUCGCCAGCGUAAGUGUCCAAUCGGCGGGCGAUGCGGGCAGCCGGCGGCACUCGACCGAGAUACUGCUCAGUUCGAGCAACAAGGAAAACUGCAACAACCACCAGUCACCGCCCGUGGCCAAGGACGCACGGAAGGACACGGAAGGGGGGCCGGUCAUCAGCAACGGACACGGGAGCAGCGUGCGGCAUCGGAACGAAGCGAAGAGCCCCAUCCGGAGCCAGGAGGAAUCGGGACUGAUAACGCCCAGCUCGAGCACGACGAGCCCGCUGAGCGAGAUCAACAGCCCGAUUGCGUCGUCCAAGUCGCCGGACAUCUCGUCCCGGUCGGCCAACGGUGGAUCGGGAAGAGAGGCACAACCGGUGACCGGGAUAACGAGUGCGAUCGGAUCGCUUUCGAUGGAAUCACCUGGUGGCGCACGAUCGCCGGUUAAUGGAACGAAUGGCGGGACGACGGCCGGGACGGCGGGAGUGCUGAACGGUAGUGGUGGCAGUCCUGCCAGUAGCUUUAGCAGCCCAAAUCACACCAACAGCAAUCAGCAGCAGCAGCAGCAGCAGCAGCAGCAGCGGACGGCCGGUUCCCCGGAAUCGCCCCUAACGGGAGGACAAUCGCAUCAAUCAAAACCCACUGUGCCUUCGUAUCUGCCGCUUCCGGCGAGCAACAAUAGUAGUAGCGUGGCGGCAGUCAACGGCACCACCAAUGGCACGGCGAACGGGGUGACGAAUGGCACCGGUCCGGAUACGGUCGGUGGUGAUGGUGGCGCACGUCACCAUCAUCCCGAGCCCGGUCACAGGGAAUCGUCGGCUUCGCGUAAUCGCACGCGUGCGGCACGCCACCCGGAGGAGUCGUCCCGUCGGCGACCGUCCCGUGAUCGACCUCCGCGGCCGGCACUGGGCGCUGCGAUGGCUGUGCAUGUCCGCCCGGGUGCUGGCCUACCGUACGUUCGCCCGUCUGUCGAUCUUCCCCACGGUUACGAAAUUCGAACGACACAACAGGGACAGGUGUACUUCUAUCACAUACCGACGAAGCAAUCGACGUGGCACGAUCCGCGGAUACCGCGCGACUUCGACACGCAGAACCUGACGACGGAUACGCUCGGUCCGCUGCCGCAAGGCUGGGAACAGCGCAAGACCGCAUCGGGUCGGGUGUACUUUGUCGACCACAACAACCGCACGACCCAGUUCACGGACCCGCGGAUCAACAUACACAUCCUGCAGCUGAUCCGGCGGCAGAACAAUAGCUCGACGGUGUCGGCAUCAUCGCCGGUCGGCAACGGCUGCUCGUCAUCGGUGGUCGCCACCAGUCUGGCGUCCCUGUCCGGGGCCGGACCGCAAGUACCGAACGGAAGUGCCCUUUCGGCUGCCCGGCUCGUGAUGGGUUCCCCGGAAGCCGGCAACAUCAUUUCGAACGGAGACACGACAACGAAUGCACUGGUGGCCACACACCUUCACUCGGCGAGGGUAGGGCCGCCCGUGAGCAACAACAUUCCCGAUCUGCCGCAGGGCCUGAUGGAUGGUGCCGAUCUGCUGCCCAAGUACCGGCGGGAUCUGGUGGGCAAGAUACGUGCCCUCCGGCAGGAGCUGCAGCUGCUGCAGCCCCAGUCGGGCCACUGUCGGUUGGAGGUGUCUCGAAAUGAAAUCUUCGAAGAGAGCUAUAGACUGAUCAUGAAGAUGCGACCCAAAGAUAUGCGCAAACGGCUGAUGGUGAAGUUCAAGGGCGAGGAAGGGCUCGAUUAUGGUGGUGUGGCACGCGAAUGGCUGCAUCUGUUGUCGCGCGAGAUGCUUAACCCUCAGUACGGUCUGUUCCAGUACAGUGGCGAGGAUCACUACUCGCUGCAAAUAAACCCCGACUCGGGCGUCAAUCCGGAGCAUCUGUCGUACUUUCACUUCGUUGGCCGCAUACUGGGUAUCGCCGUGUUUCACAAUCACGUGCUCGAUGGUGGCUUCACGCUGCCGUUCUACAAGCAGCUGCUCAACAAACCGAUCACCCUGUCCGACAUCGAGGACGUCGACCCAUCGCUGCACCGUAGCUUAACGUGGAUUCUUGAGAACAACAUUUCCGGUGUGAUCGACUCAACGUUCAGCGUGGAGAACAAUAGCUUCGGUGUGCUGAAGGUGCACGAGCUGAAACCGAACGGGGGCUCGAUCGCGGUCACCGAGGACAACAAGCGGGAGUACGUGAAGCUGUACGUCAACUACCGGUUUAUGCGGGGCAUCGAGCAGCAAUUUUUAGCUCUCUCGAAAGGAUUUGGGGAGUUGAUCCUUAGUCAUCUGUUGCGGCCGUUCGACGAGCGUGAACUAGAGCUACUGAUCAGUGGCAUCAGCCAGAUCGAUGUGACCGACUGGAAGGCAAACACACGCCUGAAACAGUGCAAUGCGGACACCCAGCAAAUUAUGUGGUUCUGGCAGAUCGUUGAGUCGUACUCCCCGGAGAUGCGUGCACAGUUGCUACAGUUUGUGACCGGUUCGUGCCGGGUGCCUCUGCAAGGCUUCCGCGCACUGCAGGGUUCUACCGGUGCCGUCGGGCCACGGCUCUUCACCAUCCACCUGACGGCGGACGUACCGUUGCAGAACCUACCGAAGGCGCACACCUGCUUCAAUCGGCUCGAUCUCCCGAUGUACGACACGUACCAGCUCAUGUACGACAAGCUGACGCAAGCCGUAGAGGAAACGUGCGGCUUUGCGGUCGAGUAGAGCGGAGAAGCAGAGUUUGCGGGAUAGCCGGACGGACACGAAGGAAGGCCGUAAGGGCGAUUUGAGCGAUCGAAUCGACCAGAAAGUAGAAGACGCGCGGAACGAACGGACUGAAUUGUUUUUCUUUCGAUUGCGACGUGCGAGAGGAUUCGUUGACGAAAGGGAAAUUAAUUCACCGUGCCCACGGCGGCCCCCAAAAACCGGCGCGAUCCCCGAUCGCUUACCUCCAACGGCUCCGCUGGGCCGGUGUUUCAGAAAGGAACACGUGAGGGCGCUCUGUGUUUCAGUAUGGCCAUAUUGUUUGGUUCCGGUAUCGAUCGAAUCCCUUGGUCACGCCCGAGUAUGUUGUUGUGUUAUAGAAGCUCGCUCAGCACUCAGUUUUGAGAAUUGUACAGGAAGUUGUGCGGGAGGAAAGGAGAGCGCUGAGAAAACGAGCGGAACCGGAACUGAGACAAACAUGAUAGAGUUACGACGACGGGCCACCGGGAACAGGGGCGUGGCGUAUAAAAUUGUAUAAAAUAGUGACGGCAAAGAGGGAAGAUUUGAAACGAAACAUAAUUAUCGAUGUUCGCUGGCUGAAAGUAGGAUGAUCGUUUUUGUUUUCUUCGGGAGACGAAAGAGCGAACCGCGAGUGAUACAUAGCUAUAUACAUAUGCGUACAUAAUAACUACACAUGUUAAUUGUAAAGUGAAAACGCAAAGUUCUUCUGUAAAGAGUCUGCAUAUUGAAAGUAUAAAGGAAACCGAAGCUAAAUGUAUAAAGAGAUCCUCUGUUGCUUUCGUUGCAGACGGGUCAGACGAUGGGCGCCCAUAGACUAGGCAAUAAAUGUGCAUCCAGAGAG